GGGGGAGGAGGGCGCAGCGCUGUCGUCAGCGGCCCGCGUGCCCCCCCCCCGCGGACCGGCGCGGGGAUGGCGCGGCCGGCGAGGAGGAACAAGAAAAUAGUUGAUUAUUCUCAGUUUGGGGAUUUGGAAGACGACGAUGAAGACUUUGCAUGUAUAGCUGUACAUUCAAGCAAAAAAUCCAGAACACAGCUCAAGGAUCCAAAGAAGGAGAAAAAAGAGAAGCAAAAAAAGCCACACAAAGAAUUGACUCUAUCACAAAAGCAGACACCUAGUAAAAGGAUAUCCUUGGAUGACAAACUUUAUCAAAGAGAUUUGGAAGUUGCCUUAGCCUUAUCUGUCAAAGAAAAUUCUGCAAAUAUCCUUGAUGUGCAAAAUUCAGAAGAACAAGGUAAGCAUACUGAAUCAGAAAAUGUACAUAGGAGACCCCUUUUUUCCAACUGCAGUGUAGACAGUGAACUUUUAGGUCUCAAUCAGGUUAUGGAUGAUAACGUACCUAGGGGUGACGGUAGGCAAAGGACAGCAGCAUCUAAAGUUCCAGCACAUCAGAAGUUACUGACCGUUGACAGCGAUGACGGAGGGCAUGCUACUGACUCUGAGCCGGAGUGUGUACCCAGUGAGGAAUCAGAAGAAGAUUCAGAUUAUAGUGAAGGUGAUGAUGAAGACUUUGCUAUAGAAAAGAAGAAAGCUAAAGGAAAUAAAAAGAAAACCAAACAAAAGAUGCCAGCUGAAAGAGAGAAGUUAACUCCCAAAUCCAAGAUUAAUACUACAGUAUCGCCUGUAGUUUCUCCUUCACGGAUUACAGAAGAAAAGUCUGAUCUAACACAAAAGAUGUCCAGUUCUUCAGAACCAGUUGGGAAGCCUCUACAUACAUCAAGUCCUGUAACACAGAAGAAGCCUAAAUGGAUACCACCAGCUGCAUCAGGAAGCAGUAAUAACUCUAUGAAAUAUGUUUCUGUUAAGUCACCUACUCAGUGUCUUAGACUUGGCCUCUCCAGACUAGCAAGAGUCAAACCACUGCAUCCCAGUGCUACCAGCAGUUAAGUGGUCAGUGACAAGGUGCCACGUGAAGGAAAAGACUAUGGAAAGUGUUUUGCUUGUAAAUAGAGGGUGGGCACCAAAAGCUUCGUGGCAUCAUCCAUUUUGGAGGACUGUUGUUUAUGUACAUGUCAAAUACUAGAAUGAGUUUUUAUUCUGCAAAAUGCUAGGCAUCCUUAAGUGCUACUGAAUAAUAAUAUUAUUUAAUCAAGGUGACAUCUGGGUCACCAGCUCUUUGAUGUAUGAUAGAGGUGUGGGUUUGUGAUAAUUUUAAUUCUCUGAUAAUCUAAACUCUUGGCAUUAAAAUAGUCUAGACAGCACUAUGUCAGCUACAGAAUUUGAUAUCUCAGAUGGAUUCUUAACACAAGUGAAAGUCACAGUUUAAAAAAUAUUUCUUGGAAGAGUUAAGUUAUCACUUUCCACCCCCUUCAUGGAAAAUUUGUCACCACUCUCUCAAAAUCUGUUAAUGUUUGCAUGUCUUGUAUGUGUAUUUUAAUGAAGUUUUAUGUAUUAUAGGUAUAAAUGUUUUUUAGAGUGUUGUAUUUUUAAAAAAACUAAAAUAAAAUACUUUAUAUAAUCAGU